GAUAUCUGCUCCAGAAGACCAAGGAUCCACUGUUGAGAUGCCGAGGAAGAAGAACUGGCGGAAAGGGCGUCAUCACUUGGCUGCUGCUGCAACAUGUAGCGCCUUGUCUGAUUUUUCUCUAUCCACUGAUCCCCACUCUACCCCUUGUGAUAUCCCAUCUUCAUCCCCCACCCCAAGCUUCACCUACUCUGAUUUUCCUCCUCUUCCGACCUCUCGGUCAUCUAUCUUUAGGCCCUGUGACUCUCUUUCACAGUCUGUGCCUGUUGUGAGCUGUGAUAAUGUAUCGCAGUCUCUUUCAAGGACCAGUGGAGCAUCGUUCACACUGCCUCUGCAAUCUAUAAGGUGUGCAGCCAUUGGGGCAUACUGUUCUCACGGUGAAACUCUCAGUCACCAAGGAAAAAAACUUGAUACAAACCUUGCAAACUUUUGUACAAAACUGUGCAACGCUGAAAACUUUGAAAUGAAAACUAUUGUAAUACCUGAUGAAAUUAAAACUAUCAAAAGUCAUUCAACAAACUCUGUUGAAUACAUGAACAGUGGUGAGCUGUCCAACACCGUGCCUCCAAGCUGUCAUAACAGGUAUAUACAAGGAUCUUUUCAUCAAGGACAUGUGAUGUUUGCAGAAAAUGCAGGCGUACAAUGUCUGACAAACAGUUUAACAGCAAUGUUGAUGAAUGAACUGAAAGAUGUGUGCACGUGGCAAAGUAGUGACCUUGAUAUUAUUCUUGUGAAUGGAAACGAGCUUUAUACGUCAGUGCAGAACCGCAAUCAGGUAAAACAUACUCAUCUUUUGGUAAGUGAUUUGCCAAAGUCUCAUGUGUUGCAUAAUGUUGAUUUUACAAUUAAUCUUGGACAAGCAUUUAGUGGCAUAGUAGGAGUACAUGAUUAUGAUCCAGAUUUGGCAGACAUGUCAAUAAGCCUUUAUGAAGCACUGCAAAGAGUAGUACUAGAAGAUGACAGCUGUUUUUUGACAAUUAAUAAAAGUACUUGUGCCAUUAUUAAACACACCAGUGGUUAUGCAGUAUUUGACUCCCACGCACGCAGCUAUGAUGGCCUUCUUCAUCCAACAGGAAAAAGUGUUGUGUGUUUCUUUCAAACUUUUGAGGAUAUGUACAGCCAUCACAUUAAUAGGCUUGCAAGUUCAAUGAAUGCCUUUGGAAAACCGUUUGAGUUGUGGAUAUGUCACACAUGUCACCGUAAAAUUGGUGCUGGUAGAAUGCCUCAAGAAAGUGUAGCCAACAAUUUGCAUUUGGAAGCCAUUCCUUCUCAGCUACAGUGCUUAAAUUCACUUGAGCAACACUUAAUAGCGAAACAUAUUCCUUUUAUGAAACUGUUGGCAUUACCAAAGGGCGGACAAAAUGGUUGCCAUGGACCUGUCGUAUGUGUUCCAUCUAAUGUCGAUCAAGUAACAAACAUGCUCCCACGAAAUGAUGGAAAUGAUUUAAUGUUACGAAUUAAACUAAAACGCAAAUUAACAUACAAGGGGCAUUAUGAAUAUAAACAUGUCCAUACAAACCAUGUCUAUAAUGCGUUGGAGUACUUAAAGUUAAAUAACAAAUGGUAUCAUGACAUUAGCAUUAAUAAUGAAUGGAACAAUGAAAUAUGUGAUAACGCUGUGUCAAUACAUACAACAAGCGUUUCUAAUGAAAGAAAAAAGAACAAAACGGAAAAUGAUUCCGAAAGUGAUGAUCCUGAAGAAGAGUUGACAUACACUGAACAAACACAUGGAAUGUUUCUAGACACAUGUUUACAACCAGUAGAUAUUGCACAAGAAGUUUUGGAUCAACAUUUUGACUCUGUGUUAUCAGUUGCCCCUGCUGAGAAUAAUCAUCCCAUUAAACUGUUAGAAGAUGCUACAAAUGAAGGAAAAUGUUUUCCUAUGUUAUACCCCACGGGAGCUCCUACUUUUCAUGACCCUCGCAAAGAAAGAAUAACCCUGGCAAAAUAUUUAAAUACACGUUUACUGAAUGCUGAUGGCAGAUUUGCUAAAAACACAGACUUCAUAUUCUAUGCCCAGUACAUAUCAGAAGUACAACAAGUUCUUUCAAAUGUUUCAAUUGCCAUGCGCAAAGGUUCAGGCACUGAAUUGACUCACAAAGAGCAACCCAAUUUGUUAACUGAUGCAGAAUCUUUAAAACGAGUGUUAAAAAACGACGAAGGCUACAAGUUCUUAAGACCUAUACGUGGAACACCCCCCUUUUGGCAAUCUGCACAAAAAGAUCUGUUUGCUAUGAUACGACAACUAGGAAUCCCCACAUGGUUUUGUUCAUUUUCCUCAGCUGACAUGCGCUGGCCUGAAAUGAUAACAACACUCAGUCAUGAACAAAAUAAAAAUGUGCCUAUUGAUGAACUGACUUGGUCAGAGAAAUGUGCAUUGUUGAAACAAAACAAAACAAAGGUAUCUUGUGAACUGCCAUCAUCAGAUGAUGAUGAACUGUGUGAGAUUGUAAACACUGUGCAAAAACAUAGCACUAAGCACUCAAAAACCUGUAGGAAAAAAAAAACUGAAUGUCGGUUUAACUUUCCACGACCCCCAUCUUGUCGAACAUUUAUCGAUCGUAUUGUCCAACCUGCAAAAAAAAACUUGAAUGUCACUUAUGCACAAAAUCAAUGCAAUACAGAACAAUCACAUCAACCAAUGAAUGAGGAAGACGAAUUGAGAAAACUGAUGACACCAGACGUGGCUGAAAAGAUGUUGAAAAUGGUCAGAACAGCUUUACUAAAUAGUGACCAAACAUUUGAAUCGACAGAGGAACUGUUUGAAAGCAUCGGCAUUUCACAAUUGCUUUUUGAAAUAGCAAAUUCACAACUAACCAAUAAAACCAGCGUUGUUUUAAAAAGAAAGCCCGGUGACAUUUGGAUUAACCAAUUCAACAAAGACCUGUUAAGAGCUUGGAAUGCCAAUAUGGAUAUUCAGUACAUUGUGGAUGCAUAUUCUUGUGUAGUGUACAUUAUUUCUUAUAUAUCCAAAGCAGAGAGAGAAAUGGGAUUGUUACUCGAUUGUGCACAAAAAGAAGGACAUAAAGGCAAUCUGGAUGCCAAAGCUGCAUUCAAAUCACUCGGCAGUGUUUACCUUCAUAAUAGAGAAGUGUCUGCACAAGAAGCAGUAUAUCGACUAACUGGAAUGCAUUUAAAGGAAUGCUCACGCAAAGUAACUUUCAUACCAACAGGAGAACACCCUAUGCGCAUGAGUUUACCUCUCAGUGUAUUGCGAGACAGAAAACAAAAUGACAACAAUGAACAUAACACUAUAUGGAUGACAAGUGUGAUAGACAGGUAUAAACAUAGACCACAAUCACCACUGUUUCAAAACAUGUGCCUUGCCACGUUUUGCUCGGAAUAUCGAGUCUUGAGUCAAAGUGAAGUCCCAGCUAAUCCAAGCGAAUGUGUCGUUCAACUUCAGGACAAUUCUGGCCACAUCAGAAAAAGAACACGCACGGAACCAGCUGUUAUUAGAUAUGCAAGACUGUCACCCACAAAAGAUCCAGAAAAAUAUCAUCAAAGCCAGUUACAAUUGUUUUUGCCCCACUAUGAAGACUGUCAGUUGAAACCACAUCCUUUUGUAACAUACGAAGAUUUUUACAAUGUUGGAAUUGUACGUGACUUCAGUGAUGACAUAGACAAAGUUAAAGAAAUUGUUGAGAAUAAUAGGUCCUUGUAUGAACAAAAUUCUGACAAACUAGAUGAUGCUCAACUCAUUAUGGAACAGCAGGUUGAUUUGGAUGAUGCAUGGGCACAGAUUUGCCCCCAGUCUGAAAUGGAACGCCUUCAAUGUUUACAAUCCCAGGAGGUUAUGCACAAUAAAACUGAUUUACAACCCAUUUCAGAAAAUAUUCCAGACCUGACAGAAACUUUGCCUAUGACUGGUAACAUAGAAGUUAGAAAAACAUUCAUGACUAAAGAAGCAGCAUGGAACAUAAUGAGAUCUUUAAAUGAUGAGCAAGCGCGCAUAUUUUACAAACUACGUCAGUGGAGUUUAGAAACAGUAUGGGGACGAAAACCACAACAAAUACACCUUUUUGUCACUGGUGGAGCGGGCACAGGAAAAAGCCAUUUGAUUAAAGCCAUACAUUAUGAGUUGUCUCGAAUUUUAGCGCAACUAUGUACAAACCCUGAUGACACUACAGUGCUAAUAACAGCUCCUACUGGCGUUGCCGCGUAUAACAUUGGUGCUGCUACCAUACACAACACUUUUUGUAUUGGCACAGAUGUGCGAUUACCUUACCAGCCGUUGGGUGAGGAAAAGAUAAACUCUUUACGAGCUAAACUAUCCAAUUUACAAUUACUGAUCAUUGAUGAAAUAUCAAUGGUAGACAACAGACUCUUUGCAUACAUUCACGGAAGACUAAGACAAAUAAAACAAUCCGGAGAUCAUUCUUUGUUUGGAAAAGUUAGUAUGGUUGCUGUGGGAGAUUUUUACCAGUUACCGCCUGUGAAAGGGAAACCUCUGUACAGUGAUAUGCCAGGACUGAACAUUUGGAACGAUCACUUUGAAAUUGCACAUUUGACACAAGUUGUGAGACAAAAAGAUUCAACUUUUGCUGAGUUGCUAAAUCGCAUACGUGUCCAUCAAAAAUCAACUCCUAUGUUGCCUACCGACGUUGAAAUAUUGAAGCAAUGUGAAACAGGAGAAGUCUCGAAUGCACUCCACAUUUUUGCUACAAAUAAACAAGUUUGCAAUUACAACUGUCAAAUGCUCAAUUCAAUUUGCCCAAAUGCUAUAACUAUUGAAGCACAAGACUUUGAGCGUAAUCCAAAAACAGGACGUAUGGAAAGAAAGAAUGGCCACCACACCAAAGUUUUUAAUAGUUGUCUUAAGCCAAGUGUGAGUUUGGGUAUAUGAUUAUAUUUGAGCAUCAUGCUGACUAAAAACAUUGACGUUUUAGAUGGACUCGUUAAUGGUGCUUUUGGGACAGUUAUCCAAAUCAUGUUUGAUACGGACAAAUACUUUCCCUCUGAAAUACAUGUUGAAUUUGAUGACAGUAAAAUUGGACAACUGCAAAGAGCUAAAAUAACUACAGCAAAUAAUACUCAUCGAAACCUCACAAUAAUUAAACCUGUAGAGGACAGAGUCUCGAACAAUGGUGGAAUACGCCGUCAGUACCCAAUACAAUUAGCCUGGGGUCGUACCGUUCACAAAGUUCAAGGUCUUACAGUGAAAAGUGCAGUCGUAAACUUGAAAAAGAUAUUUGCACCAGGACAAGCUUAUGUAGCUUUAAGUCGUGUGUCUUCGCUGUCAGGCUUAGUAAUUGAAGACUUAAACGAGUCAAAGAUUUAUUGUCCAGUCCCCCACACGACAGGGGAUGUGUAA